CCGUGUCUUCUGCGCAUGCGCGCCCUCCAAAGGCGAGCUCUCGAGGUCGAGUUGUGGGAUUUCUCUGGUGCAGGAUACAGAAAAAAGGAGGCGAAAUGCCUGAAGACUACAAUAAAGGAGCCUACCCCGAGCCUCCUCAGCAGACUCCGGUCAUAGAAAAACAAACGGCGGUGCCCAACCCUUUAGAAAUUGUGACUAAAGUCUUCUAUUACGCCGUGGACCUGCCUGUCACCACCUUUAGAGACACUUUUGAAAGCAUUCGGGCUAAAAAUAGGCCGGUCUACUAUCACCAGAGGUUCCGCCGUGUCCCGGACCUGACUGAGUGCCAGGAGGGCGAUUACGUCUGCUACUAUGAGGCGGAGAUGCAGUGGAGGAGAGACUUUAAAGUGGAUCAGGAGAUUGUGAAGGUGAUCCAGGAGCGUAUGAAGGCCUGCUACCAAAGAGAAGGGGCCAGCGCAGAGCAGAACUGUGCCUAUGAACUCAAGCAGUUCAACGAUGUGACCAGGAGCUACCAGUUGCGCUAUGGGGACCUGGGAGCUUACGCCAGUGGGAGAAAAUGUUUAAUGAAGCAAAAAGAGCGAAUGAUUGCAGCUCAGGCCCAGAGUGCUUAAAAAGUUCCGUCUUCUGUAAUAAUUGUAAAAUAAAGUUUAUGGUACAUGA